CUACAUAAACUGUCUGUCUGCCGACUAUGGUAGUUGCCAAAUUAAGCUACUAAUAUUUGUUUUUACAAUAUCAAGCAAUAGUAAAAAUAAAAUCAUGUUAAAUUGUGCAACAAUUUUAUCCGCAACGGUGUAGUUAAAUACACGCACGCGAACUUUCUCAGUGAACAGUGUUCAUACACACUCACACAUUGCAUUCAUGAACGCACAUGAACACUCACUCUCACAAAGAGGUACACAACCUCAACAUCAUGUACCGUGCUGAAUGUCGGGGAUAAUUAAUCUAUUUUCUCUCGAAAUAAUUUUAUCAUUUUAAGUGGUUUUCUUUUAAUCAUUGAUCGGAGUGGCCGCAGGUCCCAGACUGAGUGAUUCCCCUCUCGAAAUGUUAUCAAUAUCAAUCAAGUAUCAUCGCUCACGAAAGUAAGGUUGCAUGUUCAGUUCUUCUCAGAUUCAAAUGGAGGGCUUACUUAUCUCUGAUUUGGUUAGCCGUAGUAGCUGUAGUCGGUCGUUUCAUUCAAUAUUCACCGUCUGGGAGCAUCUUCCAUUCUGAACUUCCACCUAAUUCUGACCAUUCGACAAUCUAGAAUACUGCUCCUCGCAGGCUAGACACUAUCUAUCAGAUCCAGUUCUACGCUCAGCUUCGAAAUGUUUCUCCUUGCAGUGCUGACCGUAACCUCAGUGUUGCUUCCCUCAGAAGCUUCAAAUUCAAUAAAAUGCGCUUAUAUAAAUUCUACUAUUGAUAAGUCUGAUUCAAUGCAGGAUGAUCUGUCUGAAAUGCAGGUAAUUAGCCCAGAUUAUAAAGAAGUCACUUGUCCAGCAAGUAAAUAUUUCUGUUUCACUGUUUGGUCUGAGCUGAAGGAUGAUCAAAAUAACACAGUCAAAGUAUUUUUAAGUCAAGGAUGUUGGAGAAGUUCAGAGAAGCAUGAAUGUGUCUCUACAGCUUGUAAUGGCAGUGGAAACCCAAAAUUCUGUUGCUGUUCGACAGAUCAUUGUAACGCCAAUGUAACUGACCUUCCAUUUACUGUAGAAAACACAACUGAUGCUCAACUUCUUCAUAACUCUUAUUAUAGUAACAACAAAGUAAUAGUACUCUUCCUGAUAAUUCUUGGGAUAUCAACUUGCGUCAUGUUCCUUCUGAUGUAUCUCAUCUCUCAAGGCACCUGCUUCAACCCUGUGUGCAAGAAUAAACACUGCACUUUGGACUCAAAUCAUCUCGUCCUUAAUGAUCGCAUCGAUGCGUAUACCUACGAACAAUUGAAGCUAGUCUCUGUUAUUGGUCAAGGACGUUACGGUUGCGUCUGGAAAGCGAUGGUUGAUACUCAAGAAGUGGCUGUCAAGAUUUUUCAAUCCCGCAACAAACAAUUUUUCUAUAAUGAAAGAGAUAUCUACACUCUACCAUUCAUGGACGAGCCUUUCCUUCUCCGCUAUUUUGGCGCUGAUGAAAGAAUAGUCGGUGACAACUGUGUAGAGUACAUGUUGAUAUUCGAACACUGCAGUAACGGAUGCCUCCAAGAUUAUCUACACUGCAACACCCUUGACUGGUCCACUUUCUGUCGAAUGGUGUCUUCAAUGGCAAGAGGAUUGGCAUACUUACACAAUGAUAUCCAUAAAAAUGGCAAAGAAAAACCGUGUGUUUGUCACCGAGAUUUCAACUCUCGCAAUAUUCUGGUCAGAUCUGAUCUCGAGUGUCGAAUUUGUGAUUUUGGCCUGGCGGUUAAAAUCCAAGGUUCGCGCUAUUACAACUUAGGUGAGGAGCAGCAUGCGGAGACUCAGUGUAUCAACGAUGCUGGCACCUUACGGUACAUGGCACCUGAAAUACUGGAGGGAGCUGUGAAUCUACGAGACUGCGAGGCGUCCCUAAAGCAAAUUGAUAUGUAUGCAUUUGGACUUGUUCUUUGGGAACUAGCAACCAGGUGCCAGGAUCUGUACCAAACUGGAGUUGAUAUUCCUCCUUAUAAGCUCCCGUUUGAAUCUGAAGUCGGUCUUGUUCCAACGUUCGAAAAGAUGCAGGUCCUAGUAAGCCACAACAAAGCACGACCUUUGUUCCCCGAAUCGUGGCGGGACACCAGCUUCACGCGGCUCAUCCGGGAAACAAUUGAUGACUGCUGGGACCAAGACGCUGAGGCUCGGUUGACAGCUCUUUGUGUCGAGGAGCGCAUGACGGAAAUGUCAUCCUGCUGGGAUUGGAGUAAUAAAGCAGCUGCAAUGGGGUAUCCUAAUGGUUUAAGUCCAACUGUCAACCUAACGCAACCCUCAGGACCUAUUUCAAAUUUAACUAUAUUGGACAAGAAUGAAUUCAUCGUGGAUAUGGAAGGUUUGCGAGAACGAAAUGAGUUAACUGUAAACAGGGAAAUAGGAGAGCCUUUGAUCUCAUUCUCUCCAACUGAACCCAAUGAAACAUCUCUUUAUGACAAAGACUCCAAGAACCGUUUACAGCAGUCCGUUCAGCCAGUAGCCCUGCAACCUCAUCAAGGUCGCAAUCCCUGCAUGGAACGUAAUCUCAUGUGGAUCCGAUCUCCAUCCCAGGAGAACCUUAACUCUUUGCCAACAUUGAUCGAUCGCUCCUCAAAACAUGUACCUUCACAGGUAACAACAACAGAAGCUGCUCCGCUUAUCCAAAACGAUUUCCUCGGCUUCCCAAACUAUUCGCGCAGUAUUAAUGUUCCUAUUCCGUACGUCCAAAACCCUGUUUUCGACUCCUCGCCCAGCACAAAACAAUGCAAUGUUCCUAGAGCCACAGAUGAGUCCGCCAAGUCCAAGGUCAAAUCACUCUUUGCUGGGAAUAAUUUUAGCUGGUCAACAGUAAAGAACUGUAAAAUGAAAAACUCACCAUCCUCUGAUGAUGAAGUGAUGAAUCCACCGAAGGUUAUCAAGUCACGACAGAAAAUGGAGAAUCUGAAAAAACUUGAGUCGAGUGCUAGUAAGCUUGGCAAGUUGCUGACUGACAAUAAUUCGUACAUGCCCCUCAAUUCCGGAAAUAAAAAGAAAAAAAAUCACUCUUCAUCAAGUCUCGAUGCCAAAGUAGCCAUUCAGUUUGAAGCAACAGGUGGAGAAACAGCGAUCGAAGUAAAUGCAAAUACUGAAGAUCGGAAAUCUGAUAGCUGUGUUCCCUCAGUUUCACGUCCAAAUAAUUUAUCCUUAAAAAAAUUUGAAGCACAAGGUGAUACGCAAGUUUUUGGUGCCUUCUCAGAGGGUUUGAAAGCUCCAGGUUUGAAAGAUUUGAGCAAAAGAAUCAAAACACCUGGAGACGUCCCACCAUCAGUGCGAAAAAAAGGGUCUACAAGAGCUCGAUUCUCACUCUAUGAUGAUCGCAUUAUGAUUGAAAAUGAAGAGCAGUUGACCAUUGAAACAACUGAGCCCGUUAGCAAGACAAAUUCUUAUUCCGUUCCAAUUGAUAUCAAUCGUGUUAACUCGAUAGAUUGAGUUUCGUGUGAUAAUUUUUUUAAGUGAUAUCUUGAGUUCAGCUCACAAUCGCUUUUUAAAACCAGUUCUUCUGAAAAUGGUGUAACCAUAAAUUUGCUCUCUUAAACAAGAUGCUGUUUCAUUUUUUUUGUUGCUUAAUGCAACCUCUAAAACAGUAUUCAUGCUAAUUGGUGAGUCCUCUGUAGGUUUCCUCUAACCAAUGGCGCGUUGUCUGCAAAAAACUCAUUCGCCUAAAUCUUUUAAAUCUUAAAGUUUGUUUUAGAGGCUGCAUGAACAAGACUGACUCAAAAGAAUGGAUUUGAAAAGGGUAUACCUUACCCUAACUUCUGUUUGGUUGUAGUGAAGUAUCAAAUGAAAUCAAAAGCUGGCAAAGUCUUAAAGUUUCCUGCCUUGUAUUAAUUGGAUUUCUCUUUUUGUUUUGUUUCUUGACUAAGUCAACGCUUGUAACACUUCUCUUAUUUCUAGUUACCUUCAGUGAGUCGAAAAUAACUCACUAUAAUCCUUUGUAGUUUCCUUGUUUUCUUUACUUUCCUGUGAUUUAACAUAGUUGCAAUGAUUAUUUGCAACGAUUUUCAAAUUUUUUAUUGCAUGACACUUUUUGUAUGUUUUUGAAGUUCUCCGGAAAUAUUUUUAUGAGAAUUAACGCUCUCUUUUGUCUAAAAUCAGUACCAGCCCAAGGGAGUGUAACAUUUCUAGUAAUCAAUGCUUGCAAGAGCAUCCUCAAAAGUCAUCAGAAUACGCUUGGGCUGGUAUUGUGGAAGAUCGUCUGAUUGUGUACAGCCUUGUUAUUUAUUAAGUUCAUCAUGAAAUUUGUACUGGGUGCAACCUGCUUAAUUCAAACACUCUGAUUAUUACGCUACAUGUAUGUGUUGAAAUUUCCUUGACUUGCUUUGGCAAUUUUUGAUGACCUCUGUCGUCCUGUAUUGCAACAUGGUUUGUGUAGAUACUUGAAAACAUUCAACUUCUUUCAAAGCUAUAAAGUACUUGAAUUCCAAAGAAUUAACAAAACGUUUAUGGAGGGAUUCUGGCUGUUUCUAUUACCAUCGCGCAAUUCUUCUACGUAUUUAUGAAUCAAGACAUAUGAGGGAUGAACACUUGAAUAUACUUGAUUCUAUGUUAUCUAUUGUAAGGUUGCAUGACCCAUGUUAAUGACCUAUGUCAUCUUCAUAGUAAGUGCUGCUUAUUGAAAUUGAUUGACAAAGAAGGCAGAGGGAGUAUGAAAAGGUCCUAUUGGUUGAAAUGGGUGAAUGUCUUGGACCAAGGGGGAAAAUGAUGGACUUACUGAAGGGUCCCUCCCAUCAGACCGUUAGUUAGUGUAUUACUUACCUCUCCUGUCCAUUACACCCACCCAUUUCUACCAAUAGGAUCCCUCCAUAUACCUUUUGUCUUGUUUGUCUACAGUAUUGUCUAUCAAUUUCAACUAUCAGCCAGCAGAUAUUGAUAUUCUCUGUUUCUGUGUCACUUUGACCCGCUGGAAGAGUAAAGGAUUGAAACAAGUCAGCAGGUCUUCAAUUUGCUCUCUGGUUUUCAUUCUCUUUCUCUGUUUCUUUUUGGAGUUAUCCACAUUGCCUAUUAUUGCUCUGUAGCAUCUGGCAUUGAGCCACCUGAAAUGACAGUAUUAUUUUUGAAGUUCUAGUGCUCAAAAAUGUGGUCCACCUCUUGUAACAUUCCAUUUGGACAGUUUUGUAAAUGUCACUAAUUUUGUUUUACCUACCGUAAGAGGUCAACUGGAAAAUGUAUGUUGUCAUCUUUUUUUAUUGGUUUCAGUCUUUUAGUGCCAAAGUUCUGUGGAUCCUCGAGUCCAAUUUUUAGAAAUUUUUAAUAGAAAUUUACAUUACAACAUUAUGGGUCAAAAGUCAUGAGCUCUACAAAAACUGAUGAUUUAAGAGCAAUUUCCUAAAAGUUUAAACCAAAAUAACCGACAAAAUUUCAAGGAAAGGUUACAUUAAAGGUUUAUACUGGUAUUGAAUGUUUACAUCAGCAGACUUCUGUAACUCAAGCAAUCUUCGACAGUAGAAUGUCUAUAUUUAACGAAAAUAAUUAUUUUGUAGCUAUUCUUUGAAUCCUUUCAGCGAGAGUAACCUUAGGUCUCAAAGCUAAAAAUGGUAAUGUGUCAUGAUAUAUUUGAAUUUUAUACAGUUUUUCAACUUCAACUUCUCAGUUUUCAAAUGAAGCGUAAGAGCAUAUGCAGGUCAGUUUUCUUUUGAUUCAGGUUUCCCAUACUGUGUUACAUUAAGUUCAAAAAAAGUAUGACUAAUGGGCAUUCUUGACUUUCAGACCCAUGUUAAGGGCAAUAUGUCUUGCUGAUAGGAUUCGAUUCUGUGGAAUGUAGAUCUUUUACCGUCAAGCAACGCUGAAGUUAUCAAAAUGUAGGAAGGGGCCAAUUUUGGCCCUCAACAACACCCAUUCUUUUCCCUUACUUUCUCCAGAAAAAACUUUAUGCAUUUGGUAAAACUGAAAUUUCUGGAUAACUUACUUUGCUUUGGCUGCGGAAGAACAGAAGUGUAACCUCUGAUGCGAAGGAUCGAAUGUCAAUAGUUUCCCUCAGUAAUUAUUUAAACAGUUCUCUUCAUCAUCUGAUAGAUAGUUUGAGAACAGAUAAUUGUAAGAGCAAACUGUACAGAGGCUCUAUUGUAACUAGGAAGAUCUACCUCUCAAUUAAUAGCUUAGGUAACUUAAUUUUUUCAGCCAGUCAACUGCCUUAUGCCUGAAGUAUGACAUAACUUGCUUCUCUAUUUUUUGGACCUUGAUAGUAAAGAAUGCUUGUUGGCUCUGAACUCAGCAGAAACUUAGUAUUAAUAAUAUCCUUUCAGUAUUCAUACUUUAAUAAUCCCAGAUAAAAUGCAUAUUUUACGAAAAAUUGAAUGCAGUUGAUAUGGGUCUGUUGCGCUCGUCGUACAAUUGUGUUUUGAUGAUUUAAACUUAUGCAUUAGAAGAAGAGAAUAAGAUCUAUUCAAAGGCCCUUUGCCCUGUAUUACCAAAGACAUUGCUUAUCGAAAAACCAGGCAUAUGACAUCAACCACUACAGUAGUGCAUAUCAUGGUUUCCCCCACCUUAGUUUUAUCUCUCACAAUCAGUGGUACACACAUUUGCACUAGUUGCUGGGCGUAACAUACGGAUGAAACCAUGGUAUGCACUACUGCAUUAAAUGAUGUCAUACGCUGGGCUUUUUCAAUUUGCGAUAUCUCCGUCAAUAUUGGACGAAGAAAUUCAGUAGUUAAACUGAUCUUAUCGAUUUCUGUCAAUCUCAAAGCUUAAAAUAUCCAAACUCGAUUCUAUGACCAAUGCAACUGAGCUGAUUGGGUGCAUUUUUGUGGAAAAUACACAAUUUAUCACUCACAAAAUCAUGCAUCCGGCAAAGUAUUAGGUGCAUCAAUUCAUUUGUAUUGGAGAUUUUUUCCCCCCUUAACUCAUCUGUAUUAGCAAUUUUCCCCACAAGCAAUUAAAGUUUACCUCUGUAUACAUUGCAAUGCCAAGCAUUGCAAAUCCUAGCAUCGUAAUACUUCCUUAUGUCUUGCUUAAUAUGUCAUCAAAUAAUAAAUUAGAUGAAUUAAAUAAAAAAACAACCUAAAAUUGAGUCUACACGACCAAAAUACUGUAACACAUUAUAAUGUCAAAUCAUAAAUGAAUGAUUGAAAAAUUGAGCGUGCUAAGUUAUGGAAACCCAGAUAUGGAUGAACCCUAAUUUAAUGUGAAUAUUGUAAUCUAUUUAUUUUUUUACCCCCUUCAGAUGUAUUUUUAAAUCUGCUCUCAGAUUUGUAUUAACUCUUCUGUUGUUCAUUGAAGAAUGUAGGUUUCAUUGAACUUUGAACGGACGCUUCUUAGCUUUUGGUUGAUCCAUCACAAUAUUUUUGCAGCUCAAGAUUGGAGGAGCUUUUCGGAAAAAGGGGCGAAAAAUUGCGUCAAAGAAAUGCAUUUGAAGUGUACUUAAGCACUUUCUGGAAACUGACAUUGGCUCUCAUUGGAGCCUGGAUUCAAAUUUCCUUGAGAGUAAAUUUCCUAAUUUUUUAGUGAGUCACCGUUAGUGGCCAGAAAGUAAUAAUGAAAACUUCAAAUGUAUUAUGCCCUAACAUGAUUUUUCAAUUUGGGCCCCUUUCCCUAAAA